AUGUUGACAUCGACAAAGGCCACAGAGUCAGCAGUGGUUCAGACGACCAACUCCGAGAACUUGACGGUCGAUGAAUUGGAGCUACGCGCGCAAGGCCACACUGGAGAACUCCCACGCCAAUUCAGCGCCUUGUCGACGUUGUCUCUAGCCUUCACCAUCACCAACUCAUGGAUCGCAUACUCAGCCGUGUUUGUGAUCCCACUGAUCACGGGCGGAGGGCCAUGCGUUGUUUACAGCCUGAUCGUCGGAUUCGUGAUGACUAGCAUCAUCACUCUCGGUCUCGCGGAGUUGGCCAGCGCAUUUCCUACAUCCGGUGGCCAGUAUCAUUUCGCGUUCAUGGUCUCACCGCCGAAAUACAGAGCCGCUAUCUCCUAUGCCAUCGGCUGGAUGAGCAUCUUCGCAUGGUGGAUGCUGGCCACGGGCUCCUGUAUCUUCUGCGCCCAAGCGAUUGCCGCCAUGGUAACAGUAUACCACCCGGACUUCAUAGCCACCCAGUGGCAAAUCUACCUCAUCUAUGUUGCUCUGACAAUCGUCGCCACAGCGGUGAUAAUCCUAUUCGCCAAGUGGCUUCCGCAAGGGGAGAUAGUCUGCUUCUGGCUGUCAUGCAUUGGAUUUGCUGCCUGCACAAUUAUCGUGCUGGCGAGGAGCAACAACAAACAAUCAGGGCGGACAGUCUUUGCCAAAUGGAACAACAACAGUGGAUGGCCGGAUGGGGCAGCAUUCAUGAUCGGAGUAGGACAGGGAAUGUUUGCGUUCAUUGCCACGGACGCUGCGACCCACGUUGCUGAAGAAAUGCCUCGGCCAAGAGUCAACGUCCCUCGAGCCAUGGCCCUCACAAUGGUGAUUGGCCUUUUCACGUCCCUUGUUUGGACGAUCGCGUUCAUGUUCUCGGUCUCGGAUCUUGAUCUUGUGAUGGCUAGCCCGACGCCAUACUUGACUGUAUUUUUCCAGGCUAUUCGCAACGACGGGGUCGCUCUGUUCUUCACGGUCUGGCUAUGGCUGGCAUACCUGUCAGCCACGAUUUCGUGCUAUGCUACAUCAGGCCGUCUUGUAUGGGCAUUUGCGCGCGACAACGGUCUACCAUUCAGCAGUGUAUUCCGCCAGGUCAGCACUCGAUUUCAGAUGCCGAUGAAUGCAACGCUCCUGACUUGCGUUUUCGCCGUUUGCUACGGCGCCAUCUACUGUGGAUCUACAACCGCAUUCAACGCAUUCAUCUCCGUGUCAAUUUUGGGUCUCAAUAUCACAUACACGCUCCCGCAGGCUAUCGUCGCCAUUCGAGGGCGUAAUAAGGUCUUGCCUGCUCGCCCAUUCGCGCUAGGGAAGUGGACAGGCCUCUUCUGCAACACUUUCUCCAGCGUCUGGAUCGCCAUGUACACAUUCUGGUUCUGCGUACCUACAGUCAUACCAACCACAGCCCUCAGCAUGAACUACGUCAGUGUGAUCUUUGUUGCUGCUCUGUUGUUUAUCACGGUCAGCUGGUUCCUAGGAAAGCGCAAGACCUUCACUGGUCCAAAUGUUGUGCUUGACGGCGUGGCACACUCAGCAUCAUCAUCGGCAGAUACGAGUAGUGAAGCUGUCAAGUCUACAGGUUCGGACCAGGGGAAUCUGAAGAGCAAUAGCUAG